UCAAUUAAGGGCGGGAGAAAUGAAGCGGUGGGGACGCCAGUAAGGCAGUAAAUUCCUGUGGGCGGCGGCGGUUCGAUGCCCUUGGAAGUCGUCCCAUUGUUCGACGGUUCCCCUUGUUUUUAUCAAUCCCAUCCCUAUCCCUAUCCCAUAUUCCCAAAUCUCCUUUAUGUACUUUACGAUGUGGAGAUUCGUAGCGGACAGAUCUAAAAACUUCAUUGCGUCUCUCACUCGACGUUCGCUUUCCUUUGAGCAGCGCUUCUCUUCACUCCCUGAUUCCUCGUCCGUCAUGUCGUCGACUCCAUCUACUCCGGUUACUCUUGAAACUAUCAAUCCCAAGGUUCUAAAAUGUGAGUAUGCCGUCCGCGGAGAGAUUGUUACCCAUGCCCAGCUUUUGCAACAAGAAUUACAAACAAAGCCAGGUUCUCAUCCGUUUGAUGAGAUACUUUACUGCAACAUUGGGAACCCACAAUCUCUUGGUCAGCAGCCAAUUACCUUUUUCCGUGAGGUUCUUGCACUUUGUGAUCACCCAAACAUUCUGGACAAAAGUGAAACACAGGGCUUGUUCAGUGCGGAUGCCAUAGAGCGAGCUUGGGGGAUUCUAGAUCAAAUCCCAGGAAGAGCAACAGGUGCAUAUAGCCACAGUCAGGGUAUCAAGGGCUUACGUGAUUCAGUUGCAGCUGGAAUCGCAGCACGUGAUGGUUUUCCUGCUGAUCCAAAUGAUAUUUUCUUAACUGAUGGUGCAAGCCCUGCGGUACAUAUGAUGAUGCAGUUGCUGAUAAGGUCGGAGAAAGAUGGCAUUCUUUGCCCCAUCCCUCAGUACCCUCUGUACUCUGCUUCAAUUGCCCUUCAUGGUGGCACUCUUGUGCCAUACUAUCUUGAUGAAGCAACAGGCUGGGGUUUGGAGAUAUCAGAGCUUAAGCAACAAUUAGAAGAUGCCAACUCCAAGGGUAUUACUGUUAGGUCAUUAGUGGUGAUAAAUCCAGGCAACCCAACUGGGCAGGUUCUUGCUGAGGACAAUCAGCGGGAAAUUGUGGAAUUCUGCAAGAAAGAAGGUCUUGUUCUCCUUGCAGAUGAGGUAUACCAAGAAAAUGUUUAUGUUACAGACAAGAAGUUUCACUCAUUCAAGAAGAUUUCUAGGUCAAUGGGGUAUGGUGAGGAGGAUAUCUCUUUAGUAUCAUUCCAGUCAGUUUCUAAAGGAUAUUAUGGAGAAUGUGGUAAAAGAGGAGGUUACAUGGAGGUUACUGGUUUUGGAGCUGAUGUAAGGGAACAGAUUUACAAAGUGGCAUCUGUAAACCUCUGUUCAAACAUCUCUGGUCAGAUUCUUGCAAGUCUUGUCAUGAACCCUCCAAAGGUUGGAGAUGAGUCAUUUGAAUCUUAUUCUGCUGAGAAAGACGGAAUUCUCUCGUCAUUAGCAAGACGUGCAAAGACUCUGGAAGAUGCUUUCAACAGCUUAGAAGGUGUUACCUGCAACAAAACAGAGGGUGCAAUGUAUCUAUUUCCCUGUCUGCAUUUGCCUCGUAAAGCAAUAGAAGCUGCUGAAGCAGCAAAAACUGCUCCAGAUGCAUUCUAUGCUCGCCGCCUCCUUGAUGCUACUGGAAUUGUUGUUGUUCCUGGAUCUGGCUUUCGGCAGGUUCCUGGUACAUGGCAUUUCAGGUGCACAAUACUGCCGCAGGAAGAUAAGAUUCCAGCAGUUGUUUCCCGUUUGACAGCCUUCCACCAAGGGUUCAUGGCAGAGUUCCAUGACUGAGUUGACUGCUGUGCCUAUUAUCUGUCGUCUGAAUGAACAGAAUCCCUAUUCUUGGAGUCCGGAAUCCGGAUGAUGUCUUAUAAAAAUAUGGAGGUUUCAUGUUCCCAGAUUUUUUAUAACUUGUAUCGGUAUUGAUAUCAGCAGUGACCGAUACAGCCAAGGGCACCUAUAA